AAAACGUAAUUCGGAAUAUUUUUGUUUUAUAAUAAAAAUUAAAUUAUUUUUAAAAUAUUGUGAACCUUCCUACAUAAAAUGUAAUAAUGAAUAAUUUUUAGAGUAUUUUAUACAACAGUAAUGUUAAUUAUAAUACCAAAAAAAAAAAAAAUGUUUCAAAUUAAGUUUGUGAUUUUUAUAAUUAUUUUAAAUUAUUAUAAUAGAAUAGUAUAUAGUUUAGAAACGCCAUGUACUAUAGAUCAAUCAAUUGUAUUGAAUUCAUAUCAAAAACAAGAUGACGAUUCAUAUCUUGUUGAUGAUGGUACAAAAAUACCAAAAAAUUUAACAUUUACAAUAACAGAUCAAUUAAAUAAUAAAUUAAUUGUAAGAGGUUGUAUAUGUUUAAUAAAAACCUGUGUACCAUGGUGCUGUCCAUAUUUAAAUCAAACUAUGCAAAAUCUCAAAUGUACGGAACAAAAAGAGGAUGAAAUAUUUGAUGAUGUCACAACAACAUUAAUAAAAUCAAAUGGAACUAUUAUUGAAAAUGUCAGUUUUAUGAAACAAUUCUAUUUACAAAAAAAUAGAAAUCUUAAAUGUGAUUCGGGAUAUACAUAUGCUUUUCGACAUUUACAUUUAGAUGAAGAUGUUUGGGAAGUACAUGAGAAUGGUUCAUUGGUGAUUAUAACAGAUUUAGAAAAUCAAAUAAAAGCUUAUGUACCACAAAAUGAGUUUUGUUUCGCUUUACAUAGUUAUGAUGAAAAUGAUCUUAAUAACACUAAUGUGCUGCAACAUGUAAUUGGACCACAUAUUUGUAUUGAAAACCCACCAGAUGAAAUAAGACAUAAAAUAUUUGGAAUUUGUCUUCUUGUAUCGCAACCAUUUAUGAUUAUAACAAUUAUAAUCUAUCUUGCUAUACCAAAAUUAAGGAAUUUACAUGGAAAGGCUUUAGUAUGUUAUUUAAGUUCAUUGUCUAUAUCAUAUUUUGGAUUAGCUUAUAUAUUGCUUGGUAAAAAUCAUGACGAACAUUUUGGAUUUUGUACAUUUGUCGGUUAUGUAGUUUAUGUUACAAUUUUAUCAGCAUAUUUUUGGUUAAGUGCAAUUAGCUUUGAUUUAUGGUAUAAUUUUAAUAAUUAUGACAAAGCUAGAGCAUAUCAAAAUGUACGAUUUUUAACAUAUUGUGGAAUUUGUUAUGGUACAGCAUUAAUAUAUAUGAUAACAGCAUAUCUUGUACAAAAUUCUGGCGCAUCAGAUAGUGUUAAACCAGGAAUGGGUACAUUUUAUUGUUAUUUAAAUGUUGAAACUGGUUAUUCAGCUGUUAUAUGGUUAUAUGGGCCAUUAAGUUGUGUUAUAAUAUUUAAUAUAACAAUGUUUAUUUUAACUUGGAGAAAUAUUAAAGCAGUAUCAUAUGAAUUGAGUCGAGUAAUGGAUAAACGAAAUUUAAAGAGUGAACGAAACCAAGAGAUAUUCUUUAGGUUUCAUAUAUUUUUACGUUUAUUCGUUAUAAUGGGAGUCUCAUGGGUUGCUGAAAUUGCAUCAUAUUUUGUAGGACAACAGUAUCAACAUUUUUUUUAUGUUACAGAUUUUUUUAAUGUAAUGCAAGGAUUAUUAAUAUUUAUAUUAUUUGUUCUUAAAAAUGAUACAAAGAAAUUGAUAUUAAAGAGGUAUGAUCAAAUACGAGGUAAUAGACAAUAUUCAAGACAAUAUUCAAGGACGACUAGCAGUAAUAUGGUGUCAAUGAAUCAAUUGUAAAAUUACAAUUAAUGUCUUAUAUAUUAUAAGGAUGAAAAACAAUUGAACUAUUCAGAUUUAAGUGAGAAUUGAACUAUUUUAAAAAUAAAAAAUAAUUAUGAAUUUAGAAAAAAAACGCAUGCGCUUAAAAUACGUAUUAUCACUAAUAUUUUUAUGGUAUAACAUAAAAAAAAAAGCAUAAAAGUCUCUGUGUAUUAACAAAAAAAAAAUUGACAUUUUAUUUAGAUU